AUGUUUUGCUGCGGAUGCGCCAGACGCUGGUGGAAAGGACCUUCCGAGGCGACGCCGAGCGCCGAAGAGACAAACGCAAACCACAGCCCCGAAGCAAGCGUUGGCCCGACUUUGAAUGUAACGGGCAAUACCAAUGCUACGGAGACUGAAGCACCCGAGAACGCGCCGGGCAUGACCGCGAGGGAUAUCUGGAAGACUGCGUUCGAGGAGCUCCGCGACGAGAGGUCGACACAGUCUCUUGUGGCUGAAUAUGAGGAGUUCUUUCGUCGAGAGCAUCCCGAUCUCCUCCCAGAAGGGGAGAGCGCCGAUUUUACAUUGCGGAUCGGCGACUUCUACCAGUGCAACCCAGACCUGUUCUUGGAGAAAUUGACACAGGCUCGGAUCAAGGAGAUCCAGGACUCCGGAUGUACGAGGGACAUCUUCCUGGCAGGUGUGAAAAUGGUGGAUAGAAUCAAAAAGACCGUCGGGGAAGCACUCUCAUCUUGCCCUCCUGCGGCCGGUGGGUGGGCAUUGGCUUGUCUGAUUGCUGUACCAAUUACACAGAAUCUGGAACAGAUGAAUGCCCACGACAAGGGGCUCACACAUGUUAUAUCCCGGUUGCCAUGGUAUUCUCACCUAAUCGAGUUGGUCAAUGCCGACACAUGGAGCGACAAGCCGACAAGCCCAUCCCGCACCAGUAUCAUUCGAAAGUCUCUCGUCGAUCUCUACAAACUUCUUGUUGAAUAUCAACUCCGCAGUCUCCGUGCCCACAACCGCAAGUGGAGGGAAAUCCUUUCGAACACUGUUAAGUGGAACGACUGGGAAAAGAGCUUAGAUUCCAUAAAAGAACUGGAAAAAGAGCUGAUGGAACAUAUUGAAUUCUGCAGCCAAGCCGACUACCGAGAAAAGAUUCAUCAGAUGCUGAAGAACACGGAAGGGCUUCCUGACUUCAUAAAUCAGUGUCACGAGGAGAGACGCAAUCUUAGGGAUAAUCGCAUCGAUUCCGAGGCUGAAAUCGCCUUUGAAGGAUUCGAGAAAUUCGACCUCGACGAGUCCGAACUGGACACCAUAACAUAUGACGAUUAUGUGGCUGGAAUCGAGAAACAGGAGACAAAUACCGGUCACGGUGUUCUAGAGCACCAGUCCUACUUGGAAUGGAAAGAGAGCGAACGAGGUGCUCUUGUUGUGGUAGCUCGUCCUGGAACUGGAAAGUCCGUGCUCGCAAAUCAUUCGCGAGUGUGCUCCUUUUUCUUCAAGGAUAUCAGCCGUGGUCAAACAGAUCCGACGGUCGCUCUGCGCAAAAUCUUUUAUGAGCUUUUGCAAGGAUUGCCGAGGCUCCCAGAUCCCAGAACCUUGAAAGAUAUCAAAAAAUUGAAAAAGAAGGAAAUCCGACUUUUGAAUAACAAGGUCUGGAAGAUCAUCAGCAGGAUAAGUCGGCAUCAUCGUGUGACGAUUGUCCUUGAUGGGCUCGAUGAAUCCGAUCAGUUCAACAGAAAACGCCUUCUAGACAGAAUCGGGAGGUUCCAGUCGGACUUUCCAGACGCCAGAGUCAAAUUCCUCUUAACCACGAGGCCUCUGAGCGACCUGACCGAUGAGCUUGAAUGGUGCAUAUUAAAUCUUGACGACGAUGUCGACUGUCGUAGUGCUCUACGAAGUGACAUUCUCCAUGUCGCGAAAGUAAAGCUGGAAAAUCUUGCAAAGGACAAGGGGAUUAGCCGCCCGAAGACAGAAGAGCUCCUGAAAAUUCUCCAAUGUCAUCAGCACUCGACAUAUCUCUUCGUUAAGUUGCUAUUUAUCUAUGUCCAAAAGUUCCCCGCAUUUGAUCAAGACUGGGCCGAAGUCUUCAAAACCGUUCCAACAACUGUGUAUCAAGCCUAUAAAGCUUUGUUGGAAACGGUAAGUGAAGAUGACAUACCAUAUGUGAGAGCAAUUAUCCAAAUUGUGCUUGCAGCGACCAGACCACUGUCAGUCAUGGAACUCCAAAUUGCGGUGAAACUCACGUUGAGGGAGCGGCGGCAUUGCGAGACCGAAGACGACCUUUCCCUGCAUUCAGAUUGGUUGAUGGAGAAUAUUGUUCGUCAGAAAUGUGGUUUCCUGUUAGAUGUCGUGGCCGGUCGAGUCUACUUCCUCCACCAGACUGUGAAGGACUAUCUUGUCUCAGAGGAGGAUGAGAGUCAGUUCCCGGGCUGGCUGCCAAAAUCGGACCUUGCAAAUUGCCACGGGGUGUUGGCAAAUGCGUGCAUGAAGUAUAUUUCGCUUCCUUUCAUCGCGAAUAAUCCAGGGUUCAAAGCUAUUGAAGAGUACAUGAUACUCCCCCGGAUUGCCCAGCUCACCUACCACACGUGGUGCAGAAAUAACUUUCUAUUCGGAAAAUACGCAUUUUCGAGUUGGAUUGUGCACUUUGCACAGAAACAUAAAGAGACACAGGACAGUGCCGCAUUGCUCGACAUCGUUAUAGGUCAAUUCGGUUGUUCGUUGGUAGACCUGGCCGUUAGCAUAUUUUGCUGCUCAAGUCUGCCAACACUCGAAGAGGCGCAGGUGUUACAGAACGCCCUCCCAAAGGACUACGCUGACAAAACCGAUAUCUUCAAUUCCUUGAGCCAGGGAUUUAUCCAAAAGUCUUUCAGCGCCGGCGUCUCUGCGGAUCUCCGUUAUGGCAUUGAUUUGGCUCGAUUGGCCAUUGCCCACACCAGCGACUGCGACCCAAAGUUAGGUAGGAGAUUGGGGAUCCUUGCCCAGGGACUGACCUGCAAAUAUGAGCGACGUGAAUCAUCACGAUUCGUAGGUGCAUUGAUAGAGGCCAUGUUGACAUCCGAAAAGGCAGUGGAACGCUCGGUGGGAGACCCUGACAGGGCGAACGCUUUAAUUCGACGCGCCUCCGUCCUUCGGCUCCGUUUCAAGAAGUCGCACCACAUUCGAGAUAUAGAUCGGGCUAUCUUGGAUGCUCACGAGGCUGUCGACAUUGGCCACGAUAUCUUUUUCCAUACUAUAGAGCUUGCACUGACCCUCUGCGACCGUGCAGUGGCGAGGGACGCCGAUGACGACCUUAAAAAGGCCAUGGACAGCAUGGAAAAGAUACUAGAAACCGUGCCGGACAUUCCACAGUACCUAAGCGCGGGAUCUGUUGCCAUGGGCCAUUGUUUCCACUCCCGGUAUCUAAUGCGAGGGAACUUGGAGGAUCUGGAGAAGGCGGCGGACAGGUAUAGAGAGGCCGUUCUUCGUUUUCCGACUACCUCCAAUGGGGUGAUCCCACAAUGCAAGAAAUUGGUCCUCAUUCUACGUACCCUUUUCCAAAAGACAAAGGACACGAAGUUCCUAACUGAAGGAAUCAAAUUUUUGGAGCAGCGGAGGGAGCUACUAGACAAGAGCCAUCCCGAUUAUCCAACUGUCUUGCAGCACUUCAUUGCGUCUUGCUCGGUCAUGCGAGAGGAUCUAGAUCGAGCUUGCUCUUCGUUAUGA